CGAGAGAGAGGCAGGAAAAAAGAGAAACCCUGUAUUGGCGCGGCAAAGGCUUAACUUGGGCUCCAAACUGAGAGGUUCAGGGGACAAGGAGGUACGCAAUGUUCCGAGGCAGGAGGUGCAGGUAUGUCCACACUCUAACGCUAUGAUAUCUAAGGUGUUUUAUGCUAAUGCUUUCAAACGGUGCAAUGUAACAUGAAUGGAGGAGACUGCCCUUCAUGUGAAUAGCAAUGAUGGUAGCAUUUUGUUUAGUUAGGGUGAUAUAUGCAUGAGUGGGACACUUUUUGGUAGAUGGCUAUGUACACAAUCAAAAUAAGUCCACCCCUACUCAAAUGAUGUUCAUUUCAAUUAAUUAAGGUCUUAUCUACAUUGUUAUGAUGAAACAAGUUGAUAAUGUAUUAUUCCGUGGAUGCUACUACCCCUAAAAGAACAUCAGACCCCUACUUUUGCUAGAGCCUGGCUUUAAGUUUUAGUGGGACACUUAAGUAGAUGAUGUGGGGCACCAUUUUCUCAUUAGAAAUACAUUAGUGUCCCACUUUACCUGGCACUUGUUAUGAAAUCAUCAAUAAUACUUUGUAGAGGCUUAUAGAUAACACACUCUCUGUUUUAUUUUCAAUGAUCUUCUAUUAGAACCUCUCUAUGCUAUUGGGAAAUUGAUUUGGGGACAUUCCAAACUCUUGGUCGAAAUCUAUCUAAAGGAGUCUGCUCAGCUUUUACUUGAUCCUGAAUCACCUCUAUUAUUCCCUAAAGGCUGUCCCCUUUCAUAAAUUGAGGCUCUCUUCUAUCCUACGUUUCUUACAUGUCAUUGUCCUUCCUUUCCUUACCUACCCUUGUUAUUUCCCUUUAAUUCCUUUCACUGUCAUCCUAUGUUGUUUAUGUGCUAUAUAGCGUCUAGACUUGAUUUUGAGAUGUUAUGAACAACGACAACAACAUAUUGCAAUGCACUUCAGAAUAUCUAAUGAAGGAAAUUACAGAUAAAUUGAUUAAAGGUUUAUUUUGUGCAUUUUUAUAGCUGAAAGGUCCCUGUCAGUAAUUUCCUUCAUUAGAUAUGGGACAAUACUAUAAAUCAGAUUUUCAUUAAAUAUACAAGCUGUUUACAUGAAUGUUUAUUAUAUUUCAAAACGCUAUCAAUAACUAUUAAUUUUAACACCAAAAUACUAGAUUAUGAAAUUAUAAUUGACAGAAUGACAGCCUUGUCAUUCUAGUGCAAGGUUUCAUAGUACAGUGGUUUUUCAUGAUUUUCAAGGGGUCACCCCAUCUAAGAAACCUGACCACACUCAUCAAUGAUGCGAUGUCACACUAACCAAAACAAUUUUUUCAUGCACAGAACACAUGCAGCAACAACCCCAAUAACAUUUGUUGUGAUUGGUUUGCAAAAUUAGCAUAGUACAGUACUCUCAAACACAAAUGUCCCACUAAUGCUGACUUCACCCUAUAUGAAUAAUAUGGCAUUUCAUUCGCACAUGUCUGAAACAUUUGAAUAAAUGAAAAACUGUGAAAUAGCCUAUUUUACCUAAACCGUUUGUAAGUGAAUGUCAAUUUGAAUGUCCAUUUGACGUUGAAAAUCUCAAUAGGCUAUAUACAUAGGCCUAAUGGCAUAGGAAAUUAUAUGAGAUCUGAUUCAUAAUUUCAAUGAGUCAUUUUAGCAAUAUUUUAAGUAGCGAUUUAUGUAGCCUAAAACAAUCUCAGCGUGGGUAAAUGACUGUACGCCCAACAGGCAAGUUAGCACUGAGUGCUGUCCAAUGACUAGGUGCUGAAACCAGCCAUGCAAACCAACCAUCAGACCAAUCAACUUUUAAUCAGCCUCUGGCAAGCUGUCUUUGCUGAACAUGUUAUGAAAGGCAUUCAAAGUCGUUAUAUGGUUAUAAAUUACAGUAGCCUAGGCUAUUAUUACUUUGAUUAUUCAAGAUUGAAUGUCUAGUUCGCUUCUGCAUUAUAGCUAUCUCACUGGGUACACACUGGUUGAAUCAACAUUGUUUCCACUUAAUUUCAAUGAAAUUACAUUGAACCAACGUGAAAUAGACGUUGAAUUGACGUCUGUACCCAGUGGGAUAUUUUCCUUUGGUUAAUUGAGAAGUUAUGUUGCGUUUCAAAGGGGUAUAAAGAGUUGCCUAAAAUAUAUUGGCAACAGACAGCUGUUUAUCAUCACUUGUUUCUAAAGAAACUUAAAUUAAUAUAUGUAUCUCAUCUGCAGAAAAGACAUCAGUGAAAGAGGGAUGGUAAGGAGAUGAUGGAUCUUCGAUUAAACUUGGACCCACAGCUCUUCCCAAUGGCAAAGCGGACAUGAUUCUAUCACCAAGACCGUUUACACUAUGUGGAAUAUGAUGUACUUGAAUGCCAUUAGGUUUUUGUAUUUCCCUAUUUUACUGUAUGAUGCAUUCGUCUCCCCCAGUAACAUAUUUGAGAGGUCAGUGGUUCCUAAAGCUGGUUCGUCCCGCUUGGUGGCCAGAAUGGAUGGGGACGUAAUCAUCGGUGCCCUGUUCUCGGUCCACCACCAACCGUCAACAGAGCAGGUAGCGGAGAGGAAAUGCGGUGAGGUUCGGGAACAGUAUGGAAUCCAACGAGUAGAAGCGAUGUUCCACACCUUGGACCGAAUAAACUCCAACCCAAAUCUUCUACCCAACAUCACUCUGGGGUGCGAGAUCAGGGACUCCUGUUGGCACUCCUCAGUGGCUCUGGAGCAGAGUAUUGAGUUCAUUAGAGACUCUCUCAUCUCGAUCCGGGAUGAUGACAACAAAGAUGGUACCUCCAGACAGUGGUGCAUUGAAGGGACGCCUGCGAGUCAGCCACCCGCCACCAAGAGACCCAUAGCCGGAGUCAUCGGACCUGGGUCAAGCUCAGUGGCUAUUCAAGUUCAGAACCUCCUGCAGCUGUUCAACAUCCCCCAGAUAGCAUAUUCUGCGACCAGCAUAGAUCUGAGUGACAAAACACUCUUCAAGUAUUUCCUUAGGGUUGUGCCCUCUGACACUCUCCAAGCCAGAGCCAUCCUGGACAUAGUCAAACGCUAUAACUGGACCUAUGUGUCAGCAGUCCAUACAGAGGGUAAGUCACUGUCUAUAGCUUUUGAAGGGCUUAAUUGGGUGUGGAGAGAAGUGUCAGACCAGUGAAGACAGGGCAGUGUUUGGAUUCAGCUGUAGGUUAGGGAGGAGGGAAUAGUCUAUCUAUAGUUUGAAGUUGGCACAAAUAGCAAUCAUGACUACGUUCUUAGAAAAAAAGGUGCUGUCUGGAACCUAAAAGGGUUCGUCAGCUGUCCCCGUAGAAUAACCCUUUGAUGAACCCUUUUUGGUUCCAGGUAGAACACUUUUGGUUCCAGGUAGAACCCUUUUGGGUUCCAUGUAAAACCCUUUCUACAGAGGGUUCUACAUGGAACCCAAAAGGGUUCUGCCUGAAACCAAAAAGAGUACUUCAUCUCCCAAAAAACAUAAAGGUACUACAAUAGAAGCUUUUACAUGACGGCAUCCCUUGCAAUGAUUUGUGUUGAUGUUCCCAAAGAUAUAAUCUUGUUUUGUUGGUUUAUCAUGCCAAUAGCAUCAAAUACUUACAACUUGCUUCUGACCUCUGUUUAGAAAUUAAUGUGCACCACAUACUACCACAACUGACUACUCACUACCUCAACUCCACAAAAUUCUUGAGUUAUAUGAAUUGAAACUUUGAAGGAUUUCGUGGAACCAAGUCCUUCAGAAAUGUCCCUCCUACUAAAUCUUACUGGGGAGGUGAUGGCAGGUAAUCCAGCAGGUAUCCAGCUGUCAGAAAGUAUUCUGGUGAGACGACUGUUGGUAAAUAACUGCAUUUAAGAGGUUAGAUAGAAAUAGAUAUGCUGUCCUUAUCCACAAACUCUCUGCAGCAUGAUGUAAUUCAGUCAAGAUUUUUCGAUAUUUUUUGAUGAAUUCACUACAAUGUUAUAAACUACCGGUAAUACGAUUUUUUAAAAAAUCCACCUUUUGAGUAUUGAACAACUACAGCAUAUGAGACUGAGAAAACAAGACAAUUCUCGUCUUUAGUAGCUACAGUUCUGUUCUGCAGUACAAGAAGAAGAGCUAGGAUGUAGGAUAGAUUAUUAUACAAUAAUUAAGAUACCAUUCCCCGAUGAUGAGAUGUCUGAAUGAUAUAAGGUUCAUAGCGUCCUAUGGCGUCAUAUUCCCUCCCUAUAUAGUGCACUACUUUUGAACAGAGCCCUAUAGGCCCUGGUCAAAAGUAGUGCACUAUAAAGGGAAUAGGGUGCCAUUUGGGACGCGCCCUUUGAUCUACCUGCAGUGAGGGACUCAGGGGACUCAGGCAGAGAGUUGGCGAUGAACUGAUUAAAACCCAAUGACAUUUCUGUUCUGUUGCACCUUCGUUAUAUACCAGACCGAUGAGUAGAAUUAUGUGUGUUUUUAUUAGAUAAACAAGUGAUAUGAGUUACAGUGACAUCACAUGGCACUUUCAUCUCUGAAAUAGAGUGCUAACAAACAGACUGAAAGUUUGAAAUGCAAUCACUAGUUAUGGGUUGCAGUACUGUUGCGUUUGGCUUGUUGGCAAUACUUACAGGUGAAGUUCUAAUACAAAAUGUCUUAAACUUCUUCAGAAUGUAGAAUACUGUAUUGACCUUUUAAAUAAUAUUGUGUUCAAAUAUAUAUUUACCUUUAAAGACCAUGAUAUAGUGUUGUUUUUUGUUUGUUAAUGCUGUUUAUUUCCCCAGGUAAUUACGGAGAAAGUGGCAUGGAAGCUUUUAAGGAGCUGGCCUCUCAGGAGGGGCUGUGUAUCGCCCAUUCAGACAAGAUCUACAGCAACGCUGGAGAGAAGCACUUUGACAGGCUGCUGAGGAAGCUGAGAGAACGCCUGCCCAAGGCCCGGGUGGUCGUCUGCUUCUGCGAGGGUAUGACAGUUCGUGGACUGCUCAUGGCUAUGAGACGACUUGGGGUGGCAGGGGAGUUCCUUCUCAUUGGCAGGUAAAGUUAGAUCAUUGUAUAUGUUCAUAAUCAGUCUUGCCAAUGGGUUAAAGGGAGUCAUAUCAACCUGGGGCCUUAUGUAUCAAGUAUCUCAGAGUAAGAGUGUUGAUUUAGUAUCAGCUUAGAUCACAAUUAAUAAGAUUACAUGGACAGGGGGACCUGAUCCUAGAUCAGCACUCCUACAUUAGGCCCCAGAUCAGAUCAAUCUGAACAUAGAAUGGCAAAUUUGCUGUUCUUGCCUUACUCCAUUUUGUGGAGUGAUUGACCUCAUUAUUAUCAUAUAGUAUAACGAAAUUAUUGCCAUGACCAUUGAUCGUUGUCCAAAAUAAUAUGCUGCUGUUUCUCCCUUUGAUAUAUCAUACCAAGGCCCCCUAUGGUUUACUCAGUUUAAACUUGAACACGAUAAUAAUCAUUAUUCUAGCAGUAGUGGAGUUCCUUCUGAAAGCAGAAAGAAGCUUUUAAUCACACUCACACUCAUGAAUAAUGCAUGGUUAGACAGCUCUCUCUCUCUCUCGCUAUCUAUCUCUACCGAUCUCUCUCUUUCUCUUUCUCCCCUGUCAGAUCACAGACUCAGUGGGAGACUAGGCUAAUAUAGGACAGCACCUCCAGCACAGAGCUCAGUGGUGAGGACUACUGAGCAUCAAAGCACAGAUCAGCUUAUAGACAUUCCCUCACUGUAGUAAGGCCGGAGCUAUGCAGUGAGGAUGGAGCUAGCUAGCAUUAAGACCUGACGGGUGUAGUGGAGCUCAAGGUACAGCUAAGACUGUCCUAAAUUAGCCUGGUAUUUUUUCAAUUGUAGUUUUUAUUGUUUCCUUUCACACAAUAACAAUACAGUUGGACCAUGCAGGCUAGCCCUGGAUAACAGUUUGGACGAUUCCUCAUCAAAAGACAAAAACAUGUUGUAUAUACAAACUAAGUAAGUCAUGUAACACUGAUAUAUGGUGAUAGUGAGGAUACAGUCUGAAACACUGAUGAUAAAACACAAAUAUAUAAAAAAUGGACAUAGAACUCUCUGCAGUUGAGUUAUGCAGCUUGUGACGUCUUCGUGGAUGGUAAAUAGGACAUGGGAUUGGUGCGGCUGUUUCUUUCUGGGUCAAGGAGACUAGCGACUGAAAAAAAAUACUGUUUUGUAGAGCAGUGCAGUAAGUGAAGACAGCCAGCCCAUUGCAUUGGGUCCAUCUAUGAUAGAGGAGGCUGGGGAUGACCAUCCAUCUAUCCUGGGCUGUGUGGAGGAUGAGAGGAAAGCCUUGUUGGCAGGGUGGACCUUAUUCAUUCAGUAUAUAUCCACUUACUGUUGCAGAUGCUUUUAUCCAAAAUACAGGACAGUAGUUUGUAAAGUACAAGGUUACUUACAGUAGAGUGCACACAUUUACAUUUUAGCAGACGCUCUUAUCCAGAGCGACUUACAGGAGCAAUUAGGGUUAAGUGCCUUGCUUAAGGGCACAUCGAUAGAUUUUUCACCUAGGGGUUUAGAACCAGCGACCUUUUGGUUACUGGCACAACGCUCUUACCCACUAAGCUACCUGCCGCCCGUGUGUAUGUGAUUCCUGUAGGAAACAAGAGGCUUUUUCUAAAUAGCAGAGCUCUUUUUUGUUAAACGCUGACAUUACAUUUGCCAUUGUCUUUGAUUUUGGUAUAUAGGCUAUAGGCUUCAUUCUAUGUAAAGGUUAGACAAUGCAACAAUUAUACCCAGUAUCCCACAUGGAGGUGGUAUGGCUUGGUUGCGUAUGUUUUGUUCAUACCAUGGUAUGAAUGAUGACUGCUAUGUGCUGACGUCAGAGAAGCAGGUUCUUGGAACAUAGUGUGUGUGUGGUGCUGUGAAACAGAUGGCUAGAUACUGGUGAUGUUGCCAUGCUGGAGGAGGGAGGAGGGCAUUCAUCAGUCAAUUGUUAAUGUUUUGUGUGCUACACAAAAAUAUAAUAUGGCAAGUGGCAAGGUGUGUAGUUCUAUGUAUUAUGUUACUGAUGAACUGUCCUGUCCCCUAUAGUGAUGGCUGGGCAAACAGAGAUGGGGUGGUGGAGGGAUAUGAGCAGGAGGCUGUGAUGAGGUUACUGUGGUGUUACUGUAUCAUGGAGCACACGCUCAUUACUCUUCCCUAAGCUAUGAAAUGAGUACAUGCAACACCCCAUCAACUUUAUUUCUGAUAUUCUCUGGUUGGGAAGCAGCUUUCCUGGAAAGAGAAUCUCAUAGGUUACAUAGACUCUGUCUUCCUGACCAUUGUUUAUGGCCCCUGCCAAUUGGCAAGGAGUUUACCUGAAUCAGAAGGUAAGAGUAGUAACACCUUCUGCUCAGACUUCAUUUCACUUUCUCUUGCAUUUUUGUUGCACCAUACCUUAUGCUUUUGUUGUGACUCUUGAAGAUGCUGCUUUGCCAUCUCCCUCAGACUGUCCAACUUGUCUGGCAUCUACAUGAUGUAGACAAACAAAAGAAAAGGUAACCAUUUGUCCCAGUCCCUACCAGAGUCAUCUACAAACUUUCUCAACAUCUGUUUCAGGGGACCAUUGAAAAGUUCUAAAAGACCAUCCAUUUGGGGGUGGUAAGGAGUAGUUCUAACGUGAAUGUUACUGUGUCUCUCCUCACAGUGAUGGCUGGGCAGACAGAGAUGAGGUGGUUGAGGGUUAUGAACAGGAGGCUGUGGGCGGUAUCACUGUGAAGCUGCAGUCGGAGGAGGUCUCGUCCUUUGAUGACUACUUCCUGAAGCUCCGCCUCAACACCAACACCAGGAACCCAUGGUUCCCUGAGUUCUGGCAGCACAAGUUCCAGUGUCGCAUCCCAGGGCACCCGCUGGAGAACAUGAACUACAGGAAAAACUGCUCAGGUAGAUAUGGGGAGAAAAGGAUAUGAUAGAGAAUGAUAAUGGUUUCUUCAGAAGGGUUGCUGACAUACAUUGUAAACUAGCAUAUGGUAUACUUGAUGUUGUCUCAACUAUACAUUUACAUUUAGAUUUGUAGAUGUUUAAAUGUUUUUGUAUUUUUGUCUCAAAUGGCUAGAAAUGUCAUUAAACUGGAACAAAUAAAUAGUUUCUGUGCAUCUAGCCAUACAAUAAUGUUUUGUUUUUUGUUUUAUUUUAUUUCUAAAACAUUCUCCUGGCCAACCAAAGAUGAUCUAGGUAAAUUGAAUUAGCAAGGCACAUUGGAUCUCACAAAAAAAUGAAUAAUCAGAUUCAUUGAUUAGCCAUAGCUACAGUAUAUUGAUCACUUGAAACAAUGCUCAAAAAGCAUGUUUUCAAAAAGUUAUUUUCCCCACCUUGCACUUUUAUAUUCUUUUUGCGUUAUAUACGUUUUCAAACUAAACUUACGAGUUGGUUACCAUUGCUUAGCAAAUCCAGUGAUGAAUUCUAUAAAAAUUAGUGAUGUUUUCUUUUUUUUAAACAAUGUGUUACAGGUAAACGUAAAUCUAAACAAUGCAUGCAACAGUAUGGAAAAACAUUUUUUAAUAUUUAGCAUGAAUUUACGUUUCUCUUUUACAUCUCCUUUUCAAAGACUAGUUUUAUCUUUUUUAAUGUAUACCCACCUCCUCAUUUAAAAAAUCAAGCACUAAGUUUCUCUUACUUUCUGUACUAUGUAUAACAGGGAUAUUGAUCAUUUGUGAUAAUCAGAGAUAGAGUCAUAGUCUGCUGUUCUGUCACUUCUAUUGUUUCUUUGUAAAGAGCUCCAAAACGGUGAGUGUGUAUUUUUCUGAAUGAACUCUUCAAGCACGUCACUCUGGCAAUAUACAUAGAGGUCGACUGAUAUAGUGUAUCAUCAAUAGAAAACUCUAUGAUUUGUUUGAUGGGAAGUUAUCCCCCUUUGUGGUUGAGAUGGUUUUUCCUAAGCUGCAUAGAGACCAAACCAGAGUCAUAUCAACCCUGAAAUUCAAUGCUAUCGAUGUAUAUCUGUUGACCCCUACUAUAUAAAGCUAUUGGGGUGUUUUUAUGCAUUGCAGUGAGAGCACAACAGCUGGUUUCCCUCACACACUGUGUAUUCUCACAUCCUCCUGGUUUUGAGAUUGCUGUAUAAAACAUAGCCCAAUAACAUUUGAAAGCAUUAGAUGAGAUGCCAACUGGCUGCUCUGCCUUGUAGAACCACAUGCUGCAUGUUCCUAUAUGGACCUUGGCCCAAUACGUUAAGACACCAUGGGUUUAGAAUGGACCUCUCCCAAAGGACAUCCAGCCAACUUGACGCAGCUGUGGGAAGCAUUGGAGUCAACAGCAUCCCUGUGGAACGCUUUCAACACCUUGUAGAGUCCAUGCCCUGACGAAUUGAGGCUGUUCUGAGGGCUCAAUAUUAGGAAGGUGUAUAACUCUCACUCUUCAUGUCACUAUCCACAACCCUAUCCAAUCGAUUGUUGAUGUGUUUGUUUGUACUUGUAUUACUCAGUAAGUUGAUACAUAAAAAAACAAAAAAACAAUUUUUUUAAAAAGCAAGCAGGGCCUCCUGAGUGGCGCAGCGGUCUAAGGCACUGCAUCACAGUGCUAGAGGCAUCACUACGGACCCGGGUUCAAUCCCGGGCUGUAUCACAAACGGCCGUAAUCGGGAGUCCCAUAGGGCGGCGCACAAUUGGCCCAGUGUCAUCCGGGCUUGGCCGGGUGGGCUUUACUUGGCUCAUCGCGCUCUAGCGACUCCAUGUGGCAGGCUGGGCACCUGCAGGCUGACCUGGGUCGUCAGUUGAUGUGCUCACUCUGACACAUUGGUGCGGCUGGCUUCCGGGUUAAGCGGGUGGGUGUUAAGAGGCGCGGUUUGGUGGGUUAUGUUUUGGAGGACGCCUCCUGAGCCUGUUGGGGAGUUGCAGCAAUGAGACAAGAUUGACAUUUGGGAGAAAAAGGGGGUCAAAUAAAAAAUUAAACCUGCCUACAAACAAACACAUCUGAAACCUGAGCAAUCAUUGUACCCGAACCGUUUGAUUCACAAAUUGAUAUGAAUCAAAUAGUUGAUUCUUUCUGUACCGGAUACUAUUAUUAAAGGGCCACUUUUCAACCUCAUAUUCAUUAUCUCCAGCACCAAACCAGUGUCUGCAUAUGUGAAAACUGCGCAUUUCUACGUUUUGUAAACUACAAGAUUCGCGGUGAUGUGGGGAACAAGAACAUACCCUCCCUCUGACUAGAAACUCGCUGCAGGUUUUGAAAAUCAUGUUUUUUCUUACUUUGAAUCCUACCCUGUGAUAUCACAGAGAAGCAUUUCUCAGGACCUUUCUUCUUAUCUUUUUAACCACAGAUCAUAGAAACUCGCUGUUUUCACAUAUUAUGUAGACACUGGUUUAGUGCUGGAGAUAAUGAAUAUGAGGUUGAAAAGUGGCAGAGUUGCCCUUUAAUAUUGUGAUAUUAGUAUAAGAUCAAGAUCUGCUACAGUAUGUGCUACUUAUAUUGCUUCUAGCUUGCUUCACGCUUGUUAAUCGAUAGGGUGUCUCUGGACUUAGUUCUAUAUUGUUCUCUUCAAAUUGUAAAUCAUCAAAGUGUUACUCUACUGUCUCUUUCUUUUAACCUACUGCACAAUGUAUCAAACAGUUGUAUUCACGAGACCUGUAUUUCUGGCAAACAAGGAUGCAAAUGGAUCGAGGGAGGAAGGAAUAAAUGAGAAUAAUAGAUUUUCUUCCUCUGUCAAUUAAUUAUAAUAUUACCACAUUAUUUAUACCUCAUUGAAUUGUGAGUUGCGAAUACAAAAUAGUUGGUGGCUCCAUGGUAACACGCAUUUCUUUGAUGCCAUAAUAUAAUGAUGCCUGCCCUUUGAUGCUCCCAGACAUAGAAAAGAACAGAACAGUGUGUCCUUCUGAUGCCCAAAACCCAAGAAUAAUAAUAACCAUGUGUUUUUGGACACCCUAUCAUUCCUUUGUUAUAUUUCAGUGUAUAUUAUACUGCAAAAGACGUUUGAUAAUAGAAAAAUAGAAUAGUUUCUUUCAUAUUCAGCUGUGACUAACUAUUGCACUUUGCAUUGCAUAGCAGUGUAUAAUCCUUGUAUAAUGCUUAACUGAAACAUGAAGCACUUUCUUUUUUUUAUUACUUUGAGGAAACAAUGCAUCCCUAAUCUUAAUUUCAUGUUUUAAUUGUAUUUGGCAGGUUACGAAAGUCUAGAGGACAACUAUGUCCAGGACAGUAAGAUGGGAUUCGUCAUCAAUGCUAUAUACGCCAUGGCUCAGGGUCUGCAUGACAUGCACAGCCACCUCUGCCCCGGCCAUGUGGGACUAUGUGAGGCCAUGGACCCCAUCGAUGGAAGCCAGCUGUUGGAGUUCCUCAUGAGGACCUCCUUCACUGGGGUGUCUGGAGAAGAUGUGUGGUUUGAUGAGAACGGAGACACACCUGGCAGGUAGGUGUAGCCCAGGUGAUUUAGAGUCACACUCUCAUGAUGAGAUAGCCCUGCCAUGAGACAUAAAACCAGUGUCACCCUCAGCCCAAGAGGGAAUUUCCUCUAAAACUAAAGGUUAAGACGGUGGUUUCCUGAGUGAGGUGACUGCGGUAUGAAUCCGACCAGUACAGCAUCUACUCUUUGUACUCAACAAAAAUCCCCUGACAGUGACAAUACUGUUUCCAAAUUAUUAGGAAGAUGUGCCCAGAAGAUCACAACCAAUCCUACUGAAACAUAACAAAUACAUGUACUUGUCAACUUUGAAUGAAGAAAAGUUCCUUCAUAUAUCUAUGUAUACCAAAGCCCCCUGCCCAUGAUGAAUAUAAUUUAAUCUGUUGCUUUCUCUUUCACUAUGAAAAUAAGUCUCCGUACACUUGAAUCAGAUACAAUCUAUCUUCAUCAGAGCAACUUUCCCUUCACUCUUAGGUAUGAAAUAAUGAACCUACAGUAUGUGGAGCCUGGUGCGUUCGACUACAUCAAUGUGGGUUCGUGGCACGAGGGUCAGCUCAGCAUUGAUGACUACAUGAUGCAGAUAAACCGCAGUGACAUGGUCCGCUCCGUCUGCAGCGAGCCCUGCUCCAAGGGAGAGAUCAAGGUGGGGGGUCAACGUCCCAGCUGGUCUGAUGCUACUGAACAAUAUUAUUUAUUUAUCCAUUGACUUUCAUUAACACUAGGACACCCACUGGUGCUUGAUUUUCAAAUUAAAAUAAAUCUGCAUGCCAUUGUAAAAGCUCCUCCUCCUUCCCUUUCUAUAACUUGUGUUAACCCAAUUUUCACAUCAGCAAGCUGCAAAACCUUCCAGUUUGCAGAUCUGUAAGGUGUAAGCAAUAUGGUGGACACUCCACCUCUACCCUGAUUAUACUUAUUCAGAUGCUGCAGAUCUGCAAAUGAAGGGUUAAGGCCAAGGGGAAGGAGUAGGGACUAGGGAGAGAACUGUGACCGGCUGUAUGGGUAAAAUGAGUGAGUAGAGAGACUCAACCAACAGUGUAAUCUCAUCCUGUCUAUGUGUUUGAUCAAUACAGGUGAUCAGGAAGGGAGAGGUGAGCUGCUGCUGGAUCUGUACAGCCUGUAAAGACAACGAGAUUGUUCAGGAUGAGUUCACCUGUAAGGCUUGCGACCUAGGCUGGUGGCCGGACCCCGAACUGGAAGGUACCAUUCCCUUCCCUCUUUCAUAUCUACAGAAUUGUGCAUAAAUUGGUACAAAACAGUACCAUCAAGUUGUUAGGUUUUGUAGGAGUGUAUGCUGUUUGUUUUUAGAUUUUUUUUUGUCUUUGUAGAGGUGCCUACAGCAACAUAUACACAAAGCUAAUGAAGGCCAAAAUACAGUGCAUUCGGAAAGUAUUCAGACCCCUUGACUGUUUCCACAUUUUGUUAUGUUACAGCCUUAUUCUAAAAUGUAUUAAAUAUGUUUUUCUCAUCAAUCUACAAAAAAUACCCCCUAAUGACAAAGCGAAAAUAGGUUUUUAGAAAAUGUUGCUAAUUUAUUAAAAAUAAAAAACAGAAAUACCUUAUUUACAUAAGUAUUCAGACCGUUUGCUAUGAAACUCGAAAUUGAGCUCAGGAGCAUCCUGUUUCAUUGAUCAUCCUUGAGAUGGUUUCUACAACUUGAUUGGAGUCCACCUGUGAUCAAUUCAAUUGAUUGGACAUGAUUUGGAAAGGCACACAUGUCUAUAUAAGGUCACACAGUUGACAGUGCAUGUCAGAGCAAAACCAAGCCAUGAGGUCCAAGGAAUUGUCCGUAGAGCUCUGAGACAGGAUUAUGUCGAGGCACAGAUCUGGGGAAGGGUACCAAAACAUUUCUGCAACAUUAAAGGUCCCCAAGAACACAGUGGCCUCCAUCAUUCUUAAAUGGAAGAAGUUUGUAACCACCAAGACUCUUCCUAGAGUUGUCCGCCCGGCCAAGCUGAGCAAUCGGGGGAGAAGGGCCUUGUUCAGGGAGGUGACCAAGAACCUGAUGGUCACUCUGACAGAGCUCCAGAGUUCCUCUGUGGUGAUGGGAGAACCUUCCAGAAGGACAACCAUCUCUGGAGCACUCCACCAAUCAGGCCAGACGGAAGUGGCCAGACCGGAGUGGUCAAUAAAAGGCACAUGACAGUCCACUUGGAGUUUGCCAAAAGGCACCUAAAGGACUCUCAGACCAUGAGAAACAAGAUUCUCUGGUCUAAUGAAACCAAGAUUGAACUCUUUGGCCUGAAUGCCAAGCGUCACGUCUGGAGGAAACAUGGCACCAUCCCUACAGUGAAGCAUGGUGGUGGCAGCAUCAUGCUGUGGGGAUGUUUUUCAGCGGCAGGGACUUGGAGACUAGUCAGGAUCGAGGGAAAGAUUAAUGGAGCAUAGUACAGAGAGAUCCUUGAUGAAAACCUGCUCCAAACGACCCUAAGCACACAGCCAAGACAACGCAGGAGUGGCUUUGGGACAAGUCUCUGAAUGUCCUUGAGUGGACCAGCCAGAGCUCAGACUUGAACCCGAUCUAACAUCUCUGGAGAGACCUGAAAAUAGCUGUGCAGCGACACUCCCAUUCCAACCAGACAGAGCUUGAGAGGAUCUGCAGAGAAGAAUGGGAGAAAGUCCCUAAAUACAGGUGUGCCAAGCUUGUAGCGUCAUACCUAAGAAGACUCAAGGCUGUAAUCGCUGCCAAAGGUGCUUCGACAAAGUACUAAGUAAAGGGUCCGAAUAUGUAUUUAAAUGUGAUAUUUCAGUUUUUUAUUUGUAAUACAUUUGCAAAUAUUUAUAAAAAACUGUUUUUGCUUUGUCAUUAUGGGGUAUUGUGUGUAUAUUGAUGAGGGUAAAAAACUAUUUGAUCCCUUUUAGAAUAAGGCUGUAAGGUAACAAAAUGUGGAAAAAAGUAAAGGGGUCUGAAUACUUUCAGAAUGCACUGUACACCUGGUUACAGUAUAUCAGAGGAUUUUUUACCAUAUGUUAUCUUAUACUAUUACGUCCAUGUAUAGUAUUAAAUGACAUUACAGUAGGCCUAAAGUAUAUUGUCAAUUUGGAGUGAAUAUUUAAAUGUACUUCCUUGCUCAUGUGAUGCACUCUGCCUUUCUGUUCAGCUGCAUAAUGCUAAAGGGAUACUUCGGGAUUUUGGCAAUAAGGCCCUCUAUCUACUUUCCCAGAAUCAGAUGAACAUUUUUAUAUCUCUGCGUGCAGUUUGAAGGAAGUUGCUAACUAGCGCUACCGCAAUUGCUAACUAGCUUUAGCGCAAUGACUGGAAGUCUAUGGGUAUCUGACUGGAAGUCUAUGGGUAUCUGGUCAUUGUGCUAACGCUAGUUAGCAAUUGCGCUAGCGCUAGUUAACUUCCUUCCAACGCAGAGACAUAAAAAUGCUAUCCACGAGUUCAUCUCACAUUUUGAAGAAAUCACCAUCCCUUUAAGUAUCCCUUUAAUAGGAGAUCAGAGCAGAUAUCUUAUUCACAGGGGAGUCACCAUCCCCCCAGAGGUACUACAGUCUUAUUUUGAAGUUCAGUUCCUCAAAGCCUUCACAGCACAACACUUAAUUUGAGCUCAACUGAGUUUAUUCAUCCAUGAUUAUUGGUAACAGCACUAUUUCACCCACCUGGCCUGUACUGCUGUCCUAUUUUCAAAGGUGCUCCCAUGACUAGGAGAACCAUGAAUCAUAUUCAACAUGUAUCAGACAUCCCUACUUUUCUUACUGCUACUGCUUAUGGCUUUCAAGCUCUUCACAGACAAGAUGCUCUCCUUUAAAUUAAUUGAAAUGUCUACCUUUCACGUCAGAGACAUUAGACAUGAAACAACAAUACUGACCAAAAAAUAAUUGUCAUCAACUGUGUGAAAGUGAACAUUUUGUUUAGAUAGCAAUUAUUUUAACAACCAUAACACACACUACUUAAUGACCUUAUGUGAUUAUUUAGUUUUUGCAGUUUGACGUUAAAGGGAUACUUCACGAUUUUGGCAAUGAGGCCCUUUAUCUACUUCCCCAGAGUCAGAUGAACUAGUGGAUACCAUUUGUAUGUCUCCGAGUCCAGUAUGAAGGAAGUUAGAGGUAGUUUUGCGAGCCAAUGCUAGUAGAUACCCAUAGACUUCCAGUCAUUGUGCUAACGCUAGUUAGCAUUGGCUCAGGAAACUACCUCUAACUUCCUUCAUACUGGACACAAAGACAUACAACUGGUAUCUACAAGUUCAUCUGACUCUGGGGAAAAGGAAAAAGGGCCUCAUUGCCAAAAUCCCGAAGUAUGCCUUUAAUAUAAAAUUGGUCAGUGAAAUAUUUGGCAUUAGUUAGGUGUGUCAGUGGAUGUAUACUGUGGUUAAGUUGGAUGCUUGGACCAGUGGUAUGCUGCAGUGAUUUACUGACUCCUGCAGCAGUCCUGUCGUUCUCCCUCGCCUCCAAUGGCUAUGCUUUGUACUCCAGCCUGCCUCUCCCUCCCCUCCCCAUGGCUAGCUGUGUUGUGCACUGGCCCUCCUUAAGUAGAGAAGGGGUUUAUUUAUAGUUGAGCUGAAAACCUACUUUAAUACUUGGUGUGUUUUCCAACUGGAGGCAGCGGUCACACAGGCUCUCAGAUGGUCGAUUUGAAGAAACAAAUAUGCAAUAGGCUACCCAUAUUUAAUUCAUAAUAUUCAACUGUGCAGAAUGACAUUUUUUACCCACUAUUUGUUUAUUUCAUCCUUUGUGAUUUUGGGUAGUUUCGUCAAUAUGGAAUGAAGAAGUGUGAAGUCAGACAUACACUGUCUGGGACCUAGGUUAAAUCAAUCAAUCCAUCAAUCAGUUAGCCUAUUACAUACAGUAAGAGCCUUUGUGCUUUGUUUCAAAUGAAAUAUCUUCAGAGAAAGGUCUCACACUUAUUCUCUUUAUCUGUGUCUUCUCCCCAGGUUGCGAGCCCAUCACCUUGCGGUACCUGGAGUGGGGGAAUCCAGAGUCCAUCGUCCAGGUGGUGUUUGCCUGCCUGGGCAUCCUGGUCACCUCCUUUGUCACCUUCAUCUUCGUCCUGUACCGAGACACGCCCGUGGUCAAGUCCUCCAGCCGCGAGCUCUGCUACAUCAUCCUGGCCGGGAUCUUUCUGGGCUACAUCUGCCCCUUCACCCUGAUCGCCCGACCCACCGUGGCCUCCUGCUACCUGCAGCGCCUCCUGGUGGGCCUCUCAGCCGCCAUGUGCUACUCAGCGUUAGUCACCAAGACCAACCGCAUUGCACGCAUCCUGGCUGGCAGCAAGAAGAAGAUCUGCACCAGGAAGCCGCGGUUUAUGAGCGCCUGGGCCCAGGUGAUUAUAUAGACGUAUUCCUUACUCUUUGUUCUUGUUUUCAUCUGUUUGGUUUUGACAUUGGAUGCCUCCCAAAUGGCACCCUAUUCCCUAUAUAGUGCACUACUUUUGACCAGGGCCUGCAUAGUGCUCUGGUCAAAAGUAGUGCACUAUAAGGAAUAAGAUGCCAAUUUCAGACGCACCUAUUGUUUUGUCUUUAGUAUGUCUUUGGGUCCUCGAAAAGUGGCAUAUAAAACCUGUGUGUUCUUCUUAUUUUGUAUAAUCAGCUGGUGAUCGCCGGCCUCCUAGUCAGUGUCCAGCUCACCCUGGAGGUUACUCUGAUCAUCCUGGAGCCACCUAUGCCCGUCAAGUCCUACCCCAGCAUCAGGGAGGUCUUCCUGAUCUGCAACACCAGCACGGUGGGCAUGGUGGCGCCACUGGGCUACAACGGCCUGCUGAUCAUGAGCUGUACCUACUACGCCUUCAAGACGCGCAACGUUCCAGCUAACUUCAAUGAGGCCAAGUACAUUGCCUUCACUAUGUAUACAACAUGUAUCAUCUGGCUGGCGUUUGUGCCCAUCUACUUUGGCUCCAACUAUAAGAUCAUCACCACAUCGUUCUCAGUGAGCCUGAGUGUUACUGUGGCGUUGGGCUGUAUGUUCUCGCCCAAGAUCUACAUCAUCCUCGCCAAGCCGGAGCGGAAUGUACGCAGCGCGUUCACCACCUCAGAUGUAGUGCGCAUGCACGUCGGCGACGGCAAGAUCGCUUGCCGGAGCAACAGCCUGCUCAACAUGUUCAAACGGAAGAAGAACUCUGAGAAGUAAGUUGAUGGAAAUUAGUCUUAUCAGUCCUGGGCCUGUAUUCAAAGAGUCUCAGAGUCGGAGUGCUGACAUAGAAUAAGUUUAGCCUUUUAGAGCAUAAUGAAUAAGACAAGAUGGAAAGGGGGGACCUAAUCCAAGAUCAGCACUCCUACUCUGAGACGUUUUGUGAAUAUGGGCCGUGCUCCUGAGGUACCACUGGGAUGCUGAUUUUGCUUUACAAGUAAUUCACACUCAGAGGGCAGAGUCUGUGUACCAAAUGGCACCCUAUUCCCUAUAUAGACUAGUUCUCUACUUUUGACCAGGGCCCAAAAGUAGUGCACUAUGUAUAGAAUAUGGUGCCAUUUGGGACACAGAGAGAGUGUUAGAGGAUAAUAUGCCAGAUCCAGGUCAAUGUUCAAUUAACAAGCACCUUUGAUCUGUUGCUGAAUAUAAUUAAAACCAGCAUACCCAUGAGUACUGAAGGAUCACUAUCAGGAUACACUGUACCACAGCAUUAGGAUGUAUAGUACAUUCAUCUGAAUAUAUAAAUAAAUAUAUACAAUCUUCAGUAAUUCAAACCAAGAAGAUGCAUUUUGUAAAGUCACCAUCAACAUAGAAUUGUAAUUGAUCUGUUAGAGAUUUUAACUUUCCUUUAUUAUUUUUUAUUACAUGAACCAGAAACACAGUUGUUGUCUCCACCUUUCUGAGUUCCUAUGAAAUAGCUAACAGCCAUCUUUAUUCUGUUCAUAGUUCUAAUGGAAAGUCUGUGUCAUGGUCUGAACCAGGUGCAAGACAUCAUCCUCCAAAAGGGGAGCACAAUUGGCACAGACUGUCUGUGCACGUGAAGAGACAGGAAGCAGGAUGCUCCAAUCAGAUGGCCGUCAUCAGACCCUUAACUAACACCUACCAUAACACAGGCAGCAGCAUGGCCAUGGAGUUCUCUGACCUCAGCACCAAGACUCUGUACAAUGUAGCUGAGGAGGACGAGAGCGACCUAGUCCGAUACAAUCCUCCCCUUAGUCCACACAUGAUGGCCCACGGGCAGAUAAUGCCCUCCACCGGUGGGCCGAUUAAAGAGGUGGACGAGGAGGUGGUUGAAUAUUACCCCCCCAUUGAGCACAUGCCCCUGCACCUGCCACAGAGCAGAGUGAUCCCCCAGCAGAGUGUCAACAUGGACCACCUACAGCUACAGGAGGUGGUGGGCAAGUACAACAGUGAUUUCAUCAUCCCUGAGCUCAAUGAUAUGGACAUGAUUAGUCUACCCGGCCCUGUGGGUGGUGGUGAUGGUUUUGGGGGCAGGUCUGGGAACAGUCAUGGCAGGCCUGUGUACCACCAGGCUCAUCUCAUCCAGCAGCAUGCAGUCCUGCCCCUGCAACUAGACCUUGGCCCCUUCGACGACGAGGAACCCACCUCCCACCUGGAGAUGGAGGAAGAGGAGGAGGAGGAGGAGGAGGAGGAGGAGAUUGAGGAGGAGGUAGAGGUGGAGAAUGAGCAGUUUGGCCUCCUCCAUGGAUACAUGUAUGACAACGCCCUGAUUCACGAAGAAGAGGACGACGACCUCGUUCAGAUCAAAUUAGCCAUGGAGGAUUCUAUGGCCCUGAUGCCCCCCUCCCCAUUCCGUGAUACAGCGAGCAUGGGGAGUCCCUUUCAUAACGCCUCACCC